AUGGCGUGGUGCUGCUGCCCUCCUCUCCGGGCCUCCUCGUCCUCCUGCUGCUCUCUGCUCCUCAAACGCUGCCGUCUCUUCCCAGGUUGGUUCCACUUCACCCUGCCGUCUGUACCCACAGCCUGUAGCUGAGGCUAGUAGUGACAUGAGAAGACAGGGAGCUGUAACUCUCUCCUUCAGACAGAUACUGCCGCUGUAGCUAUAUCUAUAUGAUAUGGGUAACAGGCUAUCCCAUGAAGGUAUAGUACAGUACAAGGCUUGGUGUGUCAGUGUGACGCUGUGUUAGGUGGUGUCUGAUUGUGCUUGUUGUGUGUACUGUAGUGGCAGUCCUGUCAGUCAUAUUGUUACUAAACUGGGCAGUUUGUUGUGUGUUCUGUAGUGGCAGUCCUGUCAGUCAUAUUGUUACUAAACUGGGCAGUUUGUUGUGUGUUCUGUAGUGGCAGUCCUGUCAGUCAUAUUGUUACUAAACUGGGCAGUUUGUUGUUUUCUGUGUCUCAGUGCAGGAUAACAGAUCAGUCAAUCAUUGUGUAUUGUAUUGUCUUUAUGCUUUGUCCUGUGUAGAGAGUCUCUCUGCUAUGUUGUGUAAUAUUACCACUAUUAUGACAAGGUCAAAAAGCAUGAAGACAAUUUUGACAUUGACUGUCAGCCGUGGCUUACCAAUACAGUUUUGUAUACAAUACACAAAGGCUUAGCAUUGUUUUGUUGUAUUUAGAGGGCGUGCUUGUCCUUGUCUGAGUGUGUUCUAGUCUGAAUGUUCUCUCGUCUAACUGAGCUGUUGUCUCAUGUGUAACGCUCAGUGCUGUGUGGGGUUGUUGGCUGAUGAUGUCAGUGCAUAUGUGUGUCUGUGGGUCAUUGUGUGACCUCUCUGCUUCUUCCCAUUGUGUUUCCCAUCCCCUGUCAACCCUUACCACAGUGUUUCCCAAUACCUGUCUCUGGACCCCAGGGGGUGCAUGAUUUGUUUUUUGCACGACCACUACAUAUCUAAAUCUAAAAAUCAACUCAUCAUCAAGCUUUGAUUAUUUGAACCAGGUGUGCAGUGCUAGUAGCUAGCGCGAGUAGCUAUCUCGAGAUCAGGGUGGCUGGUGAGGCCAUAGUGAUAGGGCAAAAGCAAACAUUUGCACCCCUUGGGCGCCCCAGGGCCAGGAUUGGAAAACACUGUCUUACGAUGCCUGAUGGCUAGCUGUUUUUCGCGAUACAUGUCUGUUCCCUGUUUGCUGUUUGAUCUACACCAUUUUCAACCAACACAAGCUUCCUUCAGGUCUAGUAAAUAUGUCCUUCCUUGUGUCCUUCCCCUCAUCAGAGUAUUGAUGGAGAUAUAAGGAGAGGAAGCCACUUUAGACUAUUGACAUACACUCCUUGAUGGUGUUUACUACUUCAUGAUACACUAAUCUCCUUCCCCCUCCAAUAGACAUUUACUGAUGUGUUACACUAAUCUCCUUCCCCCUCCUAUAGACAUUUACUGAUGUGUUACACUAAUCUCCUUCCACCCUCCCAGACAUUUAUUGAUGUUUGUGUCCCACCAAUCUCAUUCCCUCCUCCCAGACAUUUACUGAUGUGUGUGUCCCACUAAUCUCAUUCCCCCUCCCAGACAUUUACUGAUGUGUGUCACACUAAUUUCCAUCCCCCCUCCCAGACAUUGGGCGCCCUCCUCUUGCCCAGGCGUUGCAGUCGCAUGUCAGCUCUUACCACGCCUGGAUAAACAUUUUAUCAGCUGACCACAUCAUAUGUUCUAGCAAUCUGGUGCCCGACGGCACAGUCGAUGAUGUGCCACGCAACCGUUGGUUGAUGCAUGCAACGUCUGACCAUGCAACGGGAACCAUAUACAGAUGUGUGUCACACUUAUCUCCUUCCCCCCUCCCAGACAUCUCCCCUGCUGAGCUGGAUGCACUAUGGAGGGAACCACCGUACACGCUAGCGGGAACCAAUAAGCACUUCCCAGGAAAUGAUGUUAUGAAUCCAGGUAGGGUACAGUAAAAGCCUUAAAGCGUUUCUUUUACCUUCACAAAACAUCCAGCUGAUUCUAUCCCAAUUAUGAUCCUCCUUCCCAAGUCCUACAUGAGUUAAAUUGCCCAGACUCAUUUGGAGUUUGAACGCUUCUGGAUUUGUACUGUAGCAAACAAUGAAACAUUGUAUUACGCAGUAGCCUAAACAACAUAACAGUGGUAAUUUGAGCGGGAGGAUUCUUUCAGGCUGUUGUGUCAUGCCACCGGUCACCGGUCAGUCCCAGAUUGAGGAUGUGUUGGGGACAUCCUCUCUGUACAAUGGGACAACAACAUGGGGAAGCCAGCCCAGAUGCUCAUAAAGCCUAUGUGUGUGUGUUUCUAUGUGUGUGUGUGUGCGUGUGUGCGCGCAAGUGCGCAUAUGUGUGAAGCCACCACCGGUCAUAAAGCCCUGUCAGGACAACCAGAGCAGCUCAUUAUAUUGUAAUAGACCAUCUGGGAGAUGAUAGACUCUUCAUGUCCUGUUGAUGUUCUGGAGGAAACAGACUAAUCACUAUUGAAACCCUCAUCACAGAAUAUACUGUACACAAGCAGUUAUGUAACUUUAGUGUGAAUGUUCUCUCAUACAGUAAAAGAGACAAAUCACCAACUUUGUCUGGUUACCUCGACUGGUUUGCAUUCCGGAAGGAUUGGCAAUGAAGCAAUGUGGACACUGUACAGUGUCUUGCUACUGAAUGAUGCUAAAUGCUGGUGUUGUUUUGUAGCCAUGUCCACUAUUUGAUCUCCAUCCCCCUUCAUAGUUGUCACAUAACAAGGUCGAUGGAUGAUCUUGCACUUGCUUACAGAGCACAUGUUUCUGACACAAAAGCCUCUUUUAAAAUCAACCCCCAAACAACUGUCUCACCCCCUUCCUUCCUGAGGGUACCUCUGACCUGACCUCUGUUUCCUGUCUUCUCCAGGGGUGGAGGGGGAGGAGGAGGAGGGGCCGGGGGUGGAGUCUGGGGACGGGGAGGCGGAGCCGGACAGUUACUGGAAGAGGAAGGAGGCAUUCACCAGAGGAAGCACCGUGUCACUGGCCGUGGGAGAGAGGUUCUCCUCAGGUACUGUUCUACUCACAGAUACUCUGUAUGGAUGUGUUCCAAAUGACACCCUCAUACCUGUAUAGGGUGCUACUUUUAACCCAUACGGUGCUAUUUGGGACAGCCAGGGUGUUUCUCUCUCUAUUCUUACUAUGGAUGUGCUAACUGCUAAUGUAGUGGUGUUAACAGCUACUGGUCAAUGGUUGUGUGGUGUGAUGCUGAUUGUGGAUCUGUUUGUGUGGUGGUGUUAACAGCUACUGGUCAUGGUUGUGUGGUGUGAUGCUGAUUGUGGAUCAGUUUGUGUGGUGGUGUUAACAGCUACUGGUCAUGGUUGUGUGGUGUGAUGCUGAUUGUGGAUCAGUUUGUGUGGUGGUGUUGAUGCUAUCACUGCACAGCAGUCUAAAUGAUGUGCCUAUCACUUUAUCAUUGAUGUUGUCUGUGUGUAUGUCAACAUCCUGCAAGAAAACUGGUGACUCCUCAUUUUCCCUUAACGUUAAUGUUGCAGUAGACUCAGCUACUUAGCUACUCUAUGAUACUCUGUGACUUUCCUCCAGCAGGUUCCUGUGUAGCUCUCUCCCAAAUGGACCUAAUGUUAAAAGGUCCCUUCAAACAUCCACUAAGAGUCACUCAAGGCUGUAAUAGAUCUGUUAUUCCUAGUCUAACACUGAGCCACUCAAUGAGCUCACUUAGCAUGGCUCUAUAAUACACUCACUUAGCAUGGCUCUAUAAUACACUCACUUAUGAUGGCUCUAUAAUACACUCACUUAGCAUGGCUCUAUAAUACACUCACUUAGCAUGGCUCUAUAAUACACACACUUAUGAUGGCUCUAUAAUACACUCACUUAUGAUGGCUCUAUAAUACACUCACUUAGCAUGGCUCUAUAAUACACUCACUUAGCAUGGCUCUAUAAAACACUCACUUAGCAUGGCUCUAUAAUACACUCACUUAGCAUGGCUCUAUAAUACACUCACUUAGCAUGGCUCUAUAAUACACUCACUUAUGAUGGCUCUAUAAUACACUCACUUAGCAUGGCUCUAUAAUACACUCACUUAGCAUGGCUCUAUAAUACACUCACUUAUGAUGGCUCUAUAAUACACUCACUUAGCAUGGCUCUAUAAUACACUCACUUAUGAUGGCUCUAUAAUACACUCACUUAGCAUGGCUCUAUAAUACACUCACUUAUGAUGGCUCUAUAAUACACUCACUUAUGAUGGCUCUAUAAUACACUCACUUAGCAUGGCUCUAUAAUACACUCACUUAUGAUGGCUCUAUAAUACACUCACUUAGCAUGGCUCUAUAAUACACUCACUUAUGAUGGCUCUAUAAUACACUCACUUAGCAUGGCUCUAUAAUACACUCACUUAGCAUGGCUCUAUACUACACUCACUUAUGAUGGCUCUAUAAUACACUCACUUAGCAUGGCUCUACAAUACAUUGACUUAGCAUGGCUCUAUAAUACACUCACUUAGCAUGGCUCUAUAAUACACUCACUUAGCAUGGCUCUAUAAUACACUCACUUAGCAUGGCUCUAUAAUACACUCACUUAGCAUGGCUCUAUAAUACACUCACUUAGCAUGGCUCUAUAAUACACUCACUUACCUUCUGGGAAAAGUUACUUAAACAGCUUAACUCCGCAUGUUGAUGUAUACAUGACAAUAUCACAGUAUCAGUCAAUACGCCUACCGGUAAUGUCUAGACUGACAGUGUGUGUGUGUGCACGUGUGCAUUCAUGCGUGUGUGUGCGUGCAUUUGUGUGUUUGUGUGUGUGUGUUUGCCUGCGUGCGUGCGUGUGUAGACGUGGUGCUGGUGUUCAGCGGUCGGCGGUGCUCAGGUGUAAUACCUGACUCUGAACUACAGGAGGCGCUCCGUACUAGACUCAGGGUCGUCGAGAGCAACAGUCAGGACGUCAUCCAGCUCUUCAAGGUUAGUCACAGGUCAGGGGUCAGGGGUGAGAGGUCAAGGCAUGUCCCCGCCUAGACCAGGGAUGCAGUUCCAACCGUUGUCCUGCUAAAAAUUGUUUCUCCCUGAUGUAGGGGCUAAGGGGUUGGUUUAGCAUAAAGGUGACCUUCUCUGCAUCCUCUCUGCUACUUCAUCAAUGUCUUUGGUUCUUCUGCCUCCCUAUAGGACCUGUCUGCCCGUCUGCUGUCUGUCCACGCUGAGAAGGACAGCUUUGUCAUCACCUUCAAGACUGUAGAGGAGAUCUGGAAGUUCUCUACCUACCUGGCUCUAGGUAUGCUGUACUAUCCUCGUCUACCUACCUGGCUCUAGGUAUGCUGUACUAUCCUAGUCUACCUACCUGGCUCUAGGUAUGCUGUACUAUCCUAGUCUACCUACCUGGCUCUAGGUAUGCUGUACUAUCCUAGUCUACCUACCUGGCUCUAGGUAUGCUGUACUAUCCUCGUCUACCUACCUGGCUCUAGGUAUGCUGUACUAUCCUAGUCUACCUACCUGGCUCUAGGUAUGCUGUACUAUCCUAGUCUACCUACCUGGCUCUAGGUAUGCUGUACUAUCCCCGUCUACCUACCUGGCUCUAGGUAUGCUGUACUAUCCUAGUCUACCUACCUGGCUCUAGGUAUGCUGUACUAUCCUAGUCUACCUACCUGGCUCUAGGUAUGCUGUACUAUCCUAGUCUACCUACCUGGCUCUAGGUAUGCUGUACUAUCCUAGUCUACCUACCUGGCUCUAGGUAUGCUGUACUAUCCUAGUCUACCUACCUGGCUCUAGGUAUGCUGUACUAUCCUAGUCUACCUACCUGGCUCUAGGUAUGCUGUACUAUCCUAGUCUACCUACCUGGCUCUAGGUAUGCUGUACUAUCCUAGUCUACCUGACCUGGAUGAAACUCAUUAACAGAUUCUGAAGGCUGAUUAUUUUGUCCGGUCUGGUUAGAAGUUGCCAAUAGGCACAGAUCUAGGAUCAGCGUCCCACACCCAAUCCUAACCUAAGCCAUUGACCUGGAAAGACCAGACCUUCAUCAGGAUGUAGGGACAACUUCAUCUUACUUUGUUGUAUAUCCAGGCUAUGUGGCGCGGUGCCUGGAGAAUUUCCUGUGUGACCAGUCAUUGUGGCUGGACACUGAGCUGCUGAGGGACCUGGAGAUCACUGUGACUGUAGAUGAGGAACACCUGGCCACACUCUACCUGGGACUGCUGCUGCAGGAGGGUGAACGAACACCUUUUGAACACAUUAUGAACUCUUUAUAAACACCCUAUGAACACCUUAUGAACACCUUAUGACAUAUUAUAACCUUAUUAUGAACAGCACCUGGCCACACUACCUGGGACUGCUGCUGUAAAGGGUAGGGAUGGACAAUUGAACUCCUUAUGACAGGUUAUGAACACCAUAUCAGCAUCUUAUGAAGUCUUUAUAGACAUCUUAUGAACAGUUUACAAACUACUAAUUGACACAUUAUGAAGACCUUAUGAACUCUAUGAACUCCUUAUGGACAGCUGAUGUGCUCUACUUUCUUGACCCUCAUCAUCAACAUCAGUUUACAUCACUCUCUCCUCAGAGCAGAACAGAUGCAUAACAUGUCUUAUUAUUCAACCACUGACCUGAAGGAACAUUUUCAUGGUAUUUCAGAACAAGUUGUUCCAGAUACCUAGAAAUGAAAUACAGCUAAACUUAAACUGAUGACAUGUUCUGAAAUACAGCAAAACAGCGACAGUGCCCUUAUUCACUAUACAGUUUGUCAUCCAUUAACUUAAUGUAAUUUAGAGAGCUAUUUUUCCUGCAUUGCCAUUGUACACUGUCUGUGUAGGCAUAAUGUUUUAAGAGGAAGUACUCUUCUCCCUAAUGCCUGAGAGGAAUCAAUAGCCAGUGAAAGGAAGACGUGUGUGUUGAGAAUUGAUUUUUAAAACUGUAUUCUGUGAAGCAGGACAGAGCCUCAGUUCUAUGAAAAGAUCCCUUUAGUUCAGUCGGAUAUUCAUUCUUUACAGAAAUCUGCAUCCCCUGUGUGUGUGUGUGUGUGUGUGUGUGUGGUGUUCUUUGCGUGUUAUUCACCUGUAUGUAUCUCUCUCCCCCAGGUUCGUUCUUUGCCAAGGCGCUGGUGAGCAGUGGCAAGCAUAGUGAGGAGGAGGAGGAGUUGUGUUUCAGACGUAACGACUUGCUGAUGGUUAGAGACACGGGGCAGGACAAUCACUGGGAGGGCACCCUUCUCUCCACCGGGCAACACGGACUAGUGCCUGUCAACACCAUGCAGCCGCUGCCAUACCCCUUCUACCAGUGAGCUACCUAAUCCCUAACCCCUAACCCAUACCCCUUCUACCAAUGAGUUACCUGUACCUAGUCCGGAUCCGGCCCGCAAAGGGGUCCAACUGUUUAAGUUGAGUAAAAAAAAAACAUAAAAAAAAACUCAAUAUACUUUCAAAUGACUAAAAAAACAAAUCAAAAUUGGGUAGAAAUGAUAAUGGACCUAUAUUCACACAGUUUCUUGAUUGUCCAGAUUGCUAAUGAUCACUAGACAGUCAGGGCAAUGGAUAGACUAUUUUUGGCACAUUUUGACUGCAAGGAAAUAUAAGACAUUAUCAGUGCUCCUCUCCGGACCACGUUGAAGACCAAAUGCGGCCCCCGGGGCUAAAUGAGUUCGACACCCCUGCCCUAACCCAUACCCCUUCUACCAGUGAGUUACCUAGUCCAUACCCCCUAACCCAUACCCCUUCUACCAGUGAGUUACCUAGUCCCUAGCCCCUAACCCAUACCCCUUCUACCAGUGAGUUACCUAGUCCAUACCCCCUAACCCAUACCCCUUCUACCAGUGAGUUACCUAGUCCCUAGCCUCUAACCCAUACCCCUUCUACCAGUGAGUUACCUAGUCCCUAGCCCCUAACCCAUACCCCUUCUACCAGUGAGUUACCUAGUCCCUAGCCCCUAACCCAUACCCCUUCUACCAGUGAGUUACCUAGUCCAUACCCCCUAACCCAUACCCCUUCUACCAGUGAGUUACCUAGUCCCUAGCCCCUAACCCAUACCCCUUCUACCAGUGAGUUACCUAGUCCAUACCCCCUAACCCAUACCCCUUCUACCAGUGAGUUACCUAGUUCCUAGCCCCUAAGUCAUACCCCUUCUACCAGUGAGUUACCUAGUCCCUACCCCCUAACCCAUACCCCUUCUACCAGUAAGUCAAAUUACAUCCUAUGCAGUAUAUACACCUUAUAACAUUACACAGUGACAUACUCAGUCACACUAUAAGCUAUAAACCUCUAUUCUUCAUUGUCACACUUUUAUUUCCUCUCACCUCAUAUUUUGUAGUGAAAUAUGGCAGCCAUUUUGUGCCAAACUGAUGUGUAUCCUGUUUGUGUAGGUGGUUCCUGAGGAAGUACCCUGACUGUGCCGGAUGCUCCCCUUCAGAGAGAGGACAGUUUGACCACCAUAUAGGUGAGGCCCUAACCCUAACCCUAACCCUAACCCUAACCCUAACCCUAACCCUAACCCUAACCCUAACCCUAACCCUAACCCUCACCCUAACCCUAACCCUCACCCUCACCCUCACCCUCACCCUCACCCUAACCCUAACCCUAACCCUAAGCCUAACCCUCACCCUCACCCUAACCCUAACCCUUCAGAAAGAGGACAGUUUGACCACCCUAUAGGUGAGGCCCAACCCUAACCCUAACCCUAACCCUAACCCUCACCCUCACCCUCACCCUAACCCUAACCCUAACCCUAACCCUAACCCUAACCCUAACCCUAACCCUCACCUCACCCUAACCCUAACCCUAACCCUAACCCUAACCCUAACCCUAACCCUCACCCUAACCCUAACCCUCACCCUCACCCUCACCCUCACCCUCACCCUCACCCUAACCCUCACCCUCACCCUCACCCUAACCCUAACCCUAACCCUAACCCUAACCCUAACCCUAACCCUCACCCUAACCCUAACCCUUCAGAAAGAGGACAGUUUGACCACCCUAUAGGUGAGGCCCUAACCCUAACUCUUCAGAGAGAGGAUAGUUUGAUCACCCUAUACCUACACUCAUGCCAUGGCCAGUGUUAAAUACAGAUACUAGGUAUUUCCUCCAACCCCCUCUCCUUUCCCCUCCCCCUGCAGUAACUGGUUCCUGUGAGGCUGUAGUUGACCAUAACCCAGUAGGUUGUGAUGAGCUCCAACUGAGUAGAGGUGACCUGAUUGAGAUACAGGGGAUGCUACUUCGUGGUCUGGACCUGUUCAUAGGAACACACUGCUCUACAGGACACACCGGAUUCGUACACAAGGCUCACGUCAAGCCACUCAACGCCAAACCACUGUAAGAGCAAUACAUUUACAUUUUUACAUUUUAGUCAUUUAGCAGACACUCAUAUCCAGAGCGACUUACAGUUAGCGCAUUCAUCUUAAGAUAGCUAGGUGGGACAACCACAUAUCACAGGCAUAUUAAGGACAUGUUCCUCAAUAAAGUAGCUAUAAAGUAGGGUUGGGCAGGGCCUCUGCUGUCCUAGCUUCAGCGGGAAGCUAGUUCCACCAUUGGGCUGCCAGGACAGAGAAGAGCUUGGACUGGGCUAAGCGGGAGCUGCCCUCCCGUAGGGGUGGGAGGCCCAGGAGAUCAGAUGGGGCAGAAUGGAGAGCUCGGGUUGGGGUGUAGGGUUUGAGCAUAGGGAGGGGCAGUUCCUCUUGCUGCUCUGUAGGUAAGCACCAUGGUCUUGUAGUGGAUGUCAUCUUCGACUGGAAGCCAUUGGAGUGUGCGGAGGAGCGGGGUGACAUGGGAGAACUUGGGAAGGUUGAAAACCAGGCGGCUGCAGCGUUCUGGAUAAGUUGCAGGGGUUUGAUGGCAUAACAGCAUUACAAUACCAAACCACUGUGAGGGCUAUACAUAACAGCAUUACAAUACCAAACCACUGUUAGGGAAAUACAUAACAGCAUUACAAUACCAAACCACUGUGAGGGCAAUACAUAACAGCAUUACAAUACCAAACCACUGUUAGGGCUAUACAUAACAGCAUUACAAUACCAAACCACUGUUAGGGCAAUACAUAACAGCAUUACAAUACCAAACCACUGUUAGGGCAAUACAUAACAGCAUUACAAUACCAAACCACUGUUAGGGCUAUACAUAACAGCAUUACAAUACCAAACCACUGUUAGGGCUAUACAUAACAGCAUUACAAUACCAAACCACUGUGAGGGCAAUACAUAACAGCAUUACAAUACCAAACCACUGUUAGGGCUAUACAUAACAGCAUUACAAUACCAAACCACUGUGAGGGCAAUACAUAACAGCAUUACAAUACCAAACCACUGUGAGGGCAAUACAUAACAGCAUUACAAUACCAAACCACUGUGAGGGCUAUACAUAACAGCAUUACAAUACCAAACCACUGUGAGGGCAAUACAUAACAGCAUUACAAUACCAAACCACUGUGAGGGCAAUACAUAACAGCAUUACAAUACCAAACCACUGUGAGGGCAAUACAUACAAAAUAUUAUGAAUUUAUACCGUUUUUGCUGUGAACAGUUAUUGUUAACACAAAUAGGAGUUUGUUCCACAAUUAUGUGUUCACAAAUUAUUUGUGCACAAUCUAAUUUACUCAAUUUCUGUUUUCUCCUAAAACAUGUUUUUAUUCACCCCUCAACUCUUCUCAGUCUUCUAGGAACAGUUAGGACAGUGGACAAUGUGUUAUGUUUUCUCAUUCUGUUCAUAUUUACUUGGUCUAUCUGUUUAUCUGUUGUCAAUAGUAGAAGCUUCAGGUGGAGGGAUGGAGGUGUAGAGAGAUGGAGAGAUGGAGGGGUGGAGGGAUGGAAGGAUGGAGGGUUAAAGGGCGUGGGUAAAGGGAUGGAGGUGUGGAGAGAUGAGGGAUGGAGGGAUGGAAGGAUGGGAGGGAUGGAGGGAUGGAGGAUGGAGGGAUGGAAGGAUGGAGGGAUGGAGGGAUGGAGGGAUGGAGGGAUGGAAGGAUGGAGGGAUUAGGGAUGGCGGAUGGAGGGAUGUGAGGGAUGGGGGAUGGAGGGAUGGAGGGAUGAAUGGAGGUGAGGGUGGAGUGUUGGAGGGAUGGAGGAUGGGGGUGGAGGUGUGGAUGGAGUGUGAGGAUGGAGGAUGGAGGGUGGAGGGAUGGUUGGGGAGGGGUUGGGUGUUGGAGUGGAAUUGUGUGUAGUGGAGGGAUUUGGAGGGAUGGUGGAUUUGGGGUGGAGGGAUGGUGGGGUGGUAUGCGGGAUGGUAGUGGGGGAUGGAGGUGAUGGAUGGAGGGAUGGCAGGGGGGAUGUUGAGGGAUGGGGGGAUUGGAAGGAUGGAAGGGUGGAGGGAUGGAAGGAUGGAAGGGUGGAGGGAUGGAUGGAUGGAGGUAUGGAGGGAUGGAAGGGUGAGGGAUGGAGGGGAGGUUGAGAGCAGAGUCAUGUGGGUGAUAAUGCUUUCUUUGUCUCUCUCCCCCUCCCUCUCUCUGUCCUCUCACUACUCUCUCGCUCGCUCUCUCUCACUCGCUCUCAGAGACAGACAACUGGUGUUUCUGAGUGAGGAGGAGCGUGCGUCUCUGUCCCAGGUUAACCCCUGCAGUACUGAACCCAGAGACAACGGCCUGCUAGAGAGACUCUUCUCCUCUGACAUCAGUACUGUCUACAGACUAGGUAGGAGAGGAUCCCUCAGUCUAUACAGUAUAGGGAAUUAUUGAGUACUGUCAGACUACUGUAGAUAGGGACCGACUGUGUAAUACUGAGUACUGUCAGACAACUGUAUUUGUAUUUGUAUUUAUUAUGGAUCCCCAUUAGUUCCUGCCAAGGCAGCAGCUACUCUUCCUGGGGUCCAGCAAAAUUAUGGAGAGUUAUACAUUAAAAAAAACAUUACAAUGCAUUCAUAACAGAGUUCACAGCACACUAAGUGUGUGCCCUCAGGCCCCUACUCCACUACCACAUAUCUACAACACAAAAUCAAUGUGUACGUGUGUGUAUAGAGCGUACAUUAUCAUGUGUGUGUAUGCAUGUGUCUGUGCCUAUGUUUGUGUUGUUUCACAGUCCCCCCGUUCCAUAAGGUGUAUUUUUAUCUUUUUUAAAAUCUGAUUCUACUGCUUGCAUCAGUUCACCUGAUGUUGAAUAGAGUUCCAUGUAGUCAUGGCUCUAUGUAGGACUGUGCGCCUCCCAUAGUCUGGAUCUCUGGUGGCAUGUCUUGUGGGGUAUGCAUGGGUGUCUGAGCUGUGUGCCAGUCGUUCAAACAGACAGCUCGGUGCUUUCAACAUGUCAACACCUCUCACAAACACAAGCAGUGAUGAAGUCAAUCUCUCCUCCACUUUGAGCCAGGAGAGAUUGACAUGCAUAUUAUUAAUAUUAGCUCUAUGUGUACAUCCAAGGGCCAGCCCUGCUGCCCUGUUUUGAGCCAAUUGCAAUUUUCCUAAGUCCCUCUUUGUGGCACCUGACCACACGACUGAACAGUAGUCCAGGUGCGAUAAAACUAGAGCCUGUAGGACCUGCCUUGUUGAUAGUGCUGUUAAGAAGGUAGAGUAGCGCUUUAUUAUGGACAGACUUCUCCCCAUCUUAGCUACUGUUGUAUCAGUAUGUUUUGACCAUGACAGUUUACAAUCCAGGGUUACUCCAAGUCACCUCAAUUUGCUCAAUCUCCACAUUAUUAUUACAAUAUUUAAAUGAGGUUUGGAGUUUAGUGAAUGAUUUGUUCCAUAUACAAUGCUUUUCAGUUUUAGAAAUAUUUAGGACUAACUUAUUCCUUGCCACCCACUCUGAAACUAACUGCAACUCUUUGUUAAGUGUUGCAGGCAUUUCAGUCACUGUAGUAGCUGAUAUGUAUAGUGUUGAGUCAUCAGCAUACAUAGACACACUGGCUUUACUCAAAAGUAAAGAUUGAAAAAAGUAAUGGGCCUCGACAGCUGCCCUGGGGAAUUCCUGAUUCUACCUGGAUUAUGUUGGAGAGGCUUCCAUUAAAGAACACCCUCUGUGUUCUGUUAGACAGGUAACUCUGUAUCCACAAUAUAGCACAUACGUUAUUCCAGCAGCAAACUAUGAUCGAUAAUGUCAAAAGCCGCACUGAAGUCUAACAAAACAGCCCCCACAAUCUUUUUAUCAUCAAUUUCUCUCAGCCAAUCAUCAGUCAUUUGUGUAAGUGCUGUGCUUGUUGAAUGUCCUUCUCUAUAAGCAUGCUGAAAGUUAGUUGUCAAAUUUUUUUUACUGUAAAAUAGCAUUGUAUCUGGUCAAAAACAAUUUUUUCCAAUAGUUUACAAAGGGUUGGUAACAGGCUAAUUGGUCGGCUAUUUCAGCCAGUAAAGGGGGCUUUACUAUUCUUAGGUAGCGGAAUGGCUUUUGCUUCCCUCCAAGCCUGGGGGCACACACAUUCUAGUAGGCUUAAAUUGAAAAUAUGGCAAAUAGGAGUGGCAAUAUCGUCCGCUAUUAUCCUCAGUAACAUUCCAUAUAAUAAUUGUUUCACCUCUUCCACACUCACUUUACGGAAUUCAAAAUUACAACGUUUGUCUUUCAUAAUUUGGUCAGAAAUACUUGGAUGUGUAGUGUCAGCAAUUGUUGCUGGCAUGUCAUGCCUAAAUUUGCUAAUCUUGCCAAUGAAAAAAUCAUUAAAGUAGUUGAAAAUAUCAGUUGGUUUUGUGAUGAAUAAGCCAUCUGAUUCAAUGAAUGAUGGAGCUGAGCUUGCCUUUUUUCCCAAAAUGUAAUUUAAGGUGCUCCAAAGCUCUUUACUAUCAUUCUUUAUGUCAUUUAUCUUUGUUUCAUUGUGUAGUUUCUUCUUCUUUUUAUUCAGUUUAGUCACAUGAUUUCUCAAUUUGCAAUACGUUUGCCAAUCGGUUGUGCAGACAGACUUAUUUGCAUUUCUUUUGCCUCAUCCCUCUCAACCAUACAAUUCCUCAUCAAACCACGGGGUUUUAACAGUUUUUACAGUCAUUUUCUUAAUGGGUGCAUGCUUAUUAGUAACUGGAAUAAGCAAUUUCAUAAAUGUUUCAAGUGCAGUGUCUGUUUGCUCCUCAUUACACACCACGGACCAACAUAUAUUCUUUACAUCAACAACAUAGGAAUCACUACAAAACUUAUUGUAUGACCUCUUAUACACAAUAUUAGGCCCAGCCUUUGGAACUUUGGUUUUCCUAGAUAUCCCAGGUGUCCUAGGUAGCCAUAUUACUUCAACAGUAUUUAACAUGGGAUCCUCUCUAAUCUUCACAGGAAUGUGGUUCUGAAUAUAAACAGCAACACCUCCACCAUUUCUAUAUUUUCUUUAAAUGUUAUAACCUUGUAUUGAUACAACUGUGUCAUCAAAGGUAUUAUCUAAGUGAGUUUCAGAGAUAGUCAGAAUAUGAAUGUCACUAGCAAAUUAUUGAUUUCACUAAACCUUGUUUCUUAAGCUACAUAUGUUAACGUAGGCAAUUAUGUAGGUAGGGAACCACUGUGUUUUACUGAGUACUGUCAGACUACUGUAGGUAGGGAACCACUGUGUUAUACUGAGUACUGUCAGACUACUGUAGGUAGGGAACCACUGUGUUAUACUGAGUACUGUCAGACUACUGUAGGUAGGGAACCACUGUGUUUUACUGAGUACUGUCAGACUACUGUAGGUAGGGAACCACUGUGUUUUACUGAGUACUGUCAGACUACUGUAGGUAGGGAACCACUGUGUUAUACUGAGUACUGUCAGACUACUGUAGGUAGGGAACCACUGUGUUUUACUGAGUACUGUCAGACUACUGUAGGUAGGGAACCACUGUGUUUUACUGAGUACUGUCAGACUACUGUAGGUAGGGAACCACUGUGUUAUACUGAGUACUGUCAGACUACUGUAGGUAGGGAACCACUGUGUUAUACUGAGUACUGUCAGACUACUGUAGGUAGGGAACCACUGUGUUAUACUGAGUACUGUCAGACUACUGUAGGUAGGGAACCACUGUGUUUAUACUGAGUACUGGUCAGACUACUGUAGGUAGGGAACCACGUGUUUAUACUGAGUAACUGUCCAGGACUACUGGUAGGUAGGGACAACCAAGUGUUAUACUGAGUACUGUCAGGAUAUGUAGGUAGGGAACCGGGGGUACUGUCAGAACUACUGAGGUAGGGAACCACUGUGUUUUACUGAGUUACUGUCCAGGACUACUGUAGGAGGGACCACUGUGGUAUACUGAGUAACUGUCAGACUACUGUAGGUAGGGAACCCGGUGUUUUAUACUGCGUACUGUCAGACUACUGUAGAUAGGGAACCCCCAGGUGUUAUACUGAAUACUGUCAGACUAUGUAGGUAGGGAACCCACUUGUGUUUUUACUGAGUAACUGUCAAGACUACUUGGUAGAUAGGGAACCACUGUGUUUGUAUGUAUGUCAAGUACCAUUUUUUUUACUGUGAAAUGGCGGUUAAAUAUAUCAAUUUCUUCGCCACAGAUAGACUGGAUCAGUCUGACUUUACGUACAUCAGAAACCAACCAAAACAAGGUUAGUAAUACGUUAUCUAAUAACAAGGUAAUAAGAUGUUUAUCAGAGUUAAUACGUUGUUUAUCCGAUUCUUAAUAUAGCCUCAGCUAAAUGGUUGAGGAUUGUUUAGAGGCCAAUAUAUCCUUCUGUCUCAGUCAAAGCCAAGAACAUUUUCUCCCUGACAGCUGUAGAUGUUUUGAAAACAACAGAAUAAGUAGGCCAGCACACUGAAACCGGAACAUAGUCAAACUCUUCACUUUUCUUACCUGUUUAGGAGGAGAGAAGGAAACUAAUAAUGUUUUAGUUUUUGCUUAGAUUUCAUUUAACAAGGGACUGGGGCGCAACUUUCACUGGGGACGAGGGGGACAUGUUCCCCUCACAUUCUGAAAUUGCAUUUUUGUCCCCCCCCCCCAGUUUUAUCAUUGGAAUGUGAUUACAAAAUGAGGCAACAGUGUGCUUUAGGACCAUGCAGACGCCUCCGAGCGGUCGGGUAGGCUGUUUGGAGUGUUUAUCCAACAAAAAUAAAUACAUAAUAAUAAUAAUAAUAAGUUAUGCCCCCCCCCCCCACUUCUAAAACCAAAGUUGCGCCCCUGACAAGGGAGAUCAUAUUUAAUUAUUUUGUUGAAAAGGCAGUAUACACAUUGCAGCACCAAGUUGAACUGCAGUCAAGGAAGUUUCAUAGCUACAUUUCUAAUGCAGUUUACUUGAACAAUGUACAGUACAUGGAGUUUCAUAUACAGUGUAUCUAAACCCUUACACUCAGUGUUCAUAUCUUUCUCUCUCAGAGCAUAAGCCCCACGCCAGCUCCCGGCAGUCCAUCAUCUCAGAGAAGAGUGACGCUACGCCCCCCUACCACUCCUCCCCCCGCCCCUCCCUCUCUCACUCCUCGCCCCGCCCCUCCUUCUACGCUUCACAGAAUGCUUUGGGGCGUGGCGGUGACGGGGAGUUGCUGUCCUUCAGUCUGGACGACACCUUCAGAGAGAUGAACGAGUUCCAGGAAGACCCGGCCCUUUUCCUGGAGGAGGGGAGCUGGGAGGGGGAGGAGUCGGAGGUCUGUGACCCCACCCUGACUCUGCUCAACGUGCAUCACUUCCAGGUGAGAGGUCUCAGGGCCACUGUUUUGAAAUUGAAGGGAUAUAGGGGUUUGUGUCUGGUUUAUACAGUUCACUUGUGUGUUUGUUUGUUCAUUCACUGUUGACUGUCAACAACAUACUCUAUUCUAUUCCUUUCUAUGCUCCUCUUCUCUUCUCUUCUUCUCUUCUCUUCUCUUCUCUUCUCUUCUCUUCUCUUCUCUUCUCUUCUCUUCUCUUCUCUUCUCUUCUCUUCUCUUCUCUUCUCUUCUCUUCUCUUCUCUUCUCUUCUCUUCUCUUCUCUUCUCUUCUCUUCUCUUCUCUUCUCUUCUCUUCUCCUCCAGGAGGACUUUCUGCCCCUGUAUGACCUCCACCACUCCUUCCUGUGGCUGACGUUCUCAGGACAGAGUGAGGAGGAGUUACUGGGCCACCUGGAGAUUGUCAGGGAGGGGGCCAAGAGAACGGGCAUGGCCUGGGCACACCGACGGGCAUGCUUCCUACUGGGGAGGCUCUGCGCCAAGAAGCUCAAGUACUCCCAGGUAGGGCAGAAGGGAGGAACACUGGAGUAUACACACAUAUGGACACAGCACAUGCACACAAACAUUUAUGCAUACACACACACACACACACAAACACACAUGCAUGCAUAUGAGUGUGCUCUUAAAUUAACUUCAAUGUUCAUCUCCCACCCCUCUAUCCCAGGCCCGUGUGUAUUAUGAGGAAGCCCUUGGCGUCUCUGUCGUCGGUUUCUCUGACCUCCCUCUCCUCAUCGCCCUGUACACCAACCUCACAGCUGUCUAUCUCAAACAGAAGAUGGCCGACAAGCUGCCCCCGAUCCUGGAGAAGGCCAGUGCUCUGCUCCUCUGCCUCCCCAGCCACACCUUCACCUCCCUGGAUGAGUUUGAGCUGCUGAAGCUGGUGCUGCGGAGGUCUGUGGUGGAGGGGGACAAACACCUGGAGGCACGGGCCUGCUACCUCACCGCCAGCCUCUUCCUCCUACUUAGGUGGGUGUUGUCUGUUUUGUCAAUGCUCCCAAAUGGCAUCCUAUAUCCUAUGUAGUGCACUACUUUUGACCAGGUCCCAUGGGGCUCUGGUCAAACGUUGUGCACUAUAUAGGGAAUAGGGUGCCAUUUUGGACACAUCCUAUGUCCCUUGUCUUGAUAUAGCUGUAGCACUUGUGUGUGAUUGUGAAAAGUUUGUUAUAAAUCAAAUAUAUAAUUAUUAUUAUUACAAUUAUUAAUAUAGAAAGAUAGAUGACUCCUUGCCCUUCGUGGAGCGUCUCCAGUUCCUCACCGUUACACUGUCUGCUGAGGAGGGACGCCCCAUCGCCCCCCUGGACCUCAACUGGCUCCUGUCCCGGCUCUACCACCGUAAAUACAUGCCCUACCUGGCCCUGGCAUCACUCAGCCUGGACUCUGGACAGGACCACUCACUACAGGACGCCUUCCACAGGAUAGAACUGUUCAGCAGGAACUCGGUAGGCUAUGGUUUGUUUGUUAGGCCAUCACAUUCUAAUAUUCCCAAAACAAAUGACAUAUUGAUACACAGUAUACAACAGACACACUGAAAAUAACAGACACACAAAAUACAAACCAAAAAAUGCUAAAUAACAUAUCAUUCUUAAAAUGUUUUACAUGUACAUUUUCCAUAGGUGCGUCUGAAUCCGCGAUGGAAAGAGGGGACGUCUCUUCUCCCGGCCCAGAUCGUGGUGUACCUGCAGCAGGCUCUGGCUAUUGCGGAGCGGGGUGAGGACCUUAAGACCCAGAGAGACCUGUGUCUGGGCCUGGCCUGUGUGUACCAGCAACACGGGGCCCUGGAGAAGGCCCUGCCCUGUGCCCAGCAGGCUGUACAGACUGGGGGUGGUAUCAACGAGGAGGAGGGGUUCGAGGCUUCAGUACUGCUGGGAUGGUUGUUAGUCCUGACGGGACAGCCUGAGAGGGCACAUAACACCCUGCAGCCACUACUACAGUCUCUACAGGUAACUACAGUAUUUAGAGGUAACUACAGUCUCUACAGGUAACUACAGUCUCUACAGGUAACUACAGUCUCUACAGGUAACUACAGACUCUACAGGUAACUACAGGCUCUACAGGUAGCCUCCUGGCAGGCUCAUGUUACAGUCGUUUUUAACAGGACUUUUGUAAUCAAUGAAUCAAUCAAACCUCUAUCUCAUCUCUUUCCUUUCAGGGAACCGACAGCCCGACCCAGAGGGGAGUGGUCCACAACCUGCUGGCUCUGUGUCUGCGGCGGCAGGGUCGAGUCCCCGAGGCCGGCAGCCACCUCCACCACGCCCUCACCAUCUCCAGGGAGAGUGGCAACCAGAGGAACCAGGCCCUGGCCCUCGCCAACCUGGGCUGCCUGGCACUGGGCGUGGGGGCACCCACACUGGCAGAACGAUUCCUGUUCAGGUCAGUAAGGAGGGAGGGUGUGGGGGCAGAGGGCGGCAGUGGGUCAAAAGUGUUUGUUUGUGUGUACAAUAGGUGACUGCGUACAUCCGUGCGUGUUACGUUUGUAAUAAUAUCAAUCCUUUCCUGGUCGGGUUAGUGUUAGUGUCUGUAUCUCUACAUGUUUGUAGCCUGCUGAGUGGGACUGGUCUGUAUCUCUACAUGGUUGUAGCCUGCUGAGUAGGACUGGUCUGUUUCUCUACAUGGUUGUAGCCUGCUGAAUGGGACUGGUCUGUUUCUCUACAUGGUUGUAGCCUGCUGAGUUGGACUGGUCUGUAUCUCUACAUGGUUGUAGCCUGCUGAGUAGGACUGGUCUGUAUCUCUACAUGGUUGUAGCCUGCUGAGUGGGACUGGUCUGUAUCUCUACAUGGUUGUAGCCUGCUGAGUAGGACUGGUCUGUAUCUCUACAUGGUUGUAGCCUGCUGAGUAGGACUGGUCUGUUUCUCUACAUGGUUGUAGCCUGCUGAAUGGGACUGGUCUGUUUCUCUACAUGGUUGUAGCCUGCUGAGUUGGACUGGUCUGUAUCUCUACAUGGUUGUAGCCUGCUGAGUAGGACUGGUCUGUAUCUCUACAUGGUUGUAGCCUGCUGAAUGGGACUGGUCUGUUUCUCUACAUGGUUGUAGCCUGCUGAGUGGGACUGGUCUGUAUCUCUACAUGGUUGUAGCCUGCUGAGUAGGACUGGUCUGUAUCUCUACAUGGUUGUAGCCUGCUCAGUUGGACUGGUCUGUUUCUCUACAUGGUUGUAGCCUGCUGAGUGGGACUGGUCUGUAUCUCUACAUGGUUGUAGCCUGCUGAGUUGGACUGGUCUGUAUCUCUACAUGGUUGUAGCCUGCUGAGUUGGACUGGUCUGUAUCUCUACAUGGUUGUAGCCUGCUGAGUUGGACUGGUCUGUAUCUCUACAUGGUUGUAGCCUGCUGAGUGGGACUGGUCUGUUUCUCUACAUGGUUGUAGCCUGCUGAGUGGGACUGGUCUGUAUCUCUACAUGGUUGUAGCCUGCUGAGUGGGACUGGUCUGUAUCUCUACAUGGUUGUAGCCUGCUGAGUAGGACUGGUCUGUAUCUCUACAUGGUUGUAGCCUGCUAAGUGAGUGGAACUGUUUCCUAAUGUAUAUCCCUCAGGUCCCUGUGGUUGUUCCUGGAGAUCUGGGAGAGUCCCGUUGACGAGGAGCACGUCCAGACCUACCUAUGGCUGGGGCGGAGCUACAAGGACAGGGGGAGGAGCCAGGACGUCAGGCUGUGUUAUGAGAUGGGCCUCCUCAUCUCCCUCCACACCAGGAACCUCCACAGUGAGUUACCUUAACCCUAACCAUCCACGGCAGGAACCUACACAGUGAAUAACACUGUAAAAAAUAACCCUAAUCCGAAACCUAAACCUAACAUUAACCCUAGUUCAACUAAACUACGAAAGACAACAACCAAUUACGAUCAUUGCAAGUAAAUCAAAAGUAGCUACUAUCUGUCCUCUGUCCUCUUGUGUCUCUGUCCUCUGUCCUCCUGUCUGUCCUCUGUCCUCUUGUGUCUCUGUCCUCUUGUCUGUCCUCUGUACUCUUGUGUCUCUGUCCUCUGUCCUCUUGUCUGUCCUCUGUCCUCUUGUGUCUCUGUCCUCUGUCCUCUUGUCUGUCCUCUGUCCUCUUGUCUGUCCUCUGUCCUCUUGUGACUCUGUCCUCUUGUGUCUCUGUCCUCUGUCCUCUGUCCUCUUGUGUCUCUGUCCUCUUGUGUGUCUCUCUCUAGGUCAGAUGGUGGUGGCUAAAGUCCUGAGUCGUCACUAUGGUGACGUGCUGCUGUAUGGGCAGAGUAUCCUCUACUAUGAGCACUGUGUGUCUGUGUCCAGGGACCUGAAGGACAAGAGACUAGAGGGAGAAUAUCUAGAGAUCCUCAGCAGCCUCUACCUCUCCCUCAAUACUGAAAAGUAGGUUUAUAUAUCUCUCUCUCUACCUCAAUACUGAGAAGUAGGUAAAUAUACACUACAUGACCGAAAGUAUGUGGACACCUGCUCGUCGAACAACUCACUUCAAAAUCAUCGGCCUUAAUAUCGAGUUGGUCCCCUUUUUGCUGCUAUAACAGCCUCCACUCUUCUGGGAAGGCUUUCCACUAGAUGUUGGAACAUUGCUGCAGGGACUUGCUUCCAUUCAACCACGAGCAUUAGUGAGGUCGGAUACUGAUGUUGGGCAAUUAGGCCUGGCUCGCAGUCGGCAUUCCAAUUCAUCCCAAAGGUGUUCGAUGGGGUUGAGGUCAGGGCUUUGUGCAGGCCAGUUAGGUUCUUCCACACCGAUCUCGAUAAACCUUUUCUGUAUGGACCUCGCUUUGUGCACAGGGGCAUUGUCAUGCUGAAACAAGAAAGGGCCUUCCCCAAACUGUUGCCACAAAGUUGGAAGCACAGAAUCGUCUUGAAUGUAAUUGUAUGCUGUAGCAUUAAGAUUUCCCUUCACUGGAACUAAGGGGCCUAGCCCGAACCAUGAAAAGCAGCCCCAGACUAUUAUUCCACAGUUGGCACUAUGCAUUGGGUCAGGUAGCGUUCUCCUGGAAUCCGCCAAACCCAGAUUUGUCCGUCGGACUGCCAGAUGGUGAAGCGUGAUUCAUCACUCCAGAGAACGCGUUUCCACUGCUCCAGAGUCCAAUGGCGGCUAGCUUUACACCACUCUAUCUGACGCUUGGCAUUGCGCAUGGUGAUCUUAGGCUUGUGUGCGGCUGCUUGGCCAUGGAAACCCAUUUCAUGAAGCUCCCGACAAACAGUUAUUGUGCUGACAUUGCUUCCAGAGCCAGUUUGGAACUCGGUAGUGAGUGUUGCAUCCGAGGACAGGCGAUUUGUACACGCUACGCGCUUCAGCACUCGCCAAUCCCAUUCUGUGAGCUUGUGUGGCCUACCACUUUGUGGCUGAGCCGUUGUUGCUCCUAGACUUUUCCACUUCACAAUAACAGCACUUACAGUUGACCAGGGCAGCUCUAGCAGGGCAGGAAUCUGACGAACAGACUUGUUGGAAAGGUGGCAUCCUAUGACAGUGCCACGCUGAAAUUCCCUGAGCUCUUCAGUAAGGUAAUUCUACUGCCAAUGUUUGUCUAUGGAGAUUACAUGGCUGUGUGCUCGAUACACCUGUCGAAUCCACUAAUUUCAAGGGGUGUCCACAUACAUUUGUAUAUACACUACCAGUCAAAAAUUUGGACACUAUUUUUUACGUAGUAGAAAAAUAGUGAAGACAUCAAAACUAUGAAAUAACACAUAUGGAAUCAUGGAGUAACCAAAAAAGUGUUAAACAAAUAAAAAUAUAUUUUAUAUUUGAGAUUCUUCAAAUAGCUACCAUUUGCCUUGAUGACAGCUUUGCACACUCUUGGCAUUCUCUCAACCAGCUUUAUGAGGAAGUCGCCUGGAAUGCAUUUCAAUUAUCAGGUGUGCCUAAUUAAAAGAUAAUUUGUGGAAUUUCUUUCCUUCUUAAUGCUUUUGAGCCAAUCAGUUGUGUUAUGACAAGGUAGGGGGUGUAUACAGAAGAUAGCCCUAUUUGGUAAAAGACCAAGUCCAUAUUAUGGCAAGAACAGCUCAAAUAAUCAAAGAGAAAUGACAGUCCAUCAUUACUUUAAGACAUGAAGGUCAGUCAAUACGGAACAUUUCAAGAACUUUGAAAGUUUCUUCAAGUGCAGUCGCAAAAAUAAUCAAGCGCAAUGAUGAAACUGGCUUUCAUGAGUACCACCACAGGAAUAGAAGACCCAGAGUCACCUCUGCUACAGAGGAUAAGUUCAUUAGAGUUACGAGCCUCAGAAAUUGCAGCCCAAAUAAAUGCUUCAAUGAGUUCAAGUCACAGACACAUCUCAACAUCAACUGUUCAGAGGGACUGUGUGAAUCAGGCCUUCAUGGUCAAAUUGCUGCAAAGAAACCCCUACUAAAGGACACCAAUAAGAAGAAGACCUGCUUGGGCCAAGAAACACGAACAAUGGACAUUAGACCAGUGGAAAUGUGUCCUUUGGUCUGGAGUCCAAAUUGGAGAUUUUUGGUUCCAACCGCUGUGUCUUUGUAAGACGCGGUGUGGGUGAACGGAUGAUCUCUGCAUGUGUAGUUCCCACCGUAAAGCAUGGAGGAGGAGGUGUUAUGGUGUAGGGGUGCUUUGCUGGUGACACAGUCUGUGAUUUAUUUAGAAUUCAAGGCACACUUAACGAGCAUGGCUACCACAGCAUUCUGCAGCGACACGCCAUGCCAUCUGGUUUGGGCUUAGUGGGACAAUCAUUUGUUUUUCAACAGGACAAUGACCCAACACACCUCCAGGCUGUGUAAGUGCUAUUUUAUCAAGAAGGAGAGUGAUGGAGUGCUGCAUCAGAUGACCUGGCCUCUACAAUCCCCCAACCUCAAUCCAAUUGAGAUGGUUUGGAAUGAGUCGGACAUCAGAGUGAAGGAAAAGCAGCCAACAAGUGCUCAGCAUAUGUGAGAACUCUUUCAAGACUGUUGGAAAAGCAUUCCAGGUGAUGCUGGUUGAGAGAAUGCCAAGAGUGUGCAAAGCUGUCAUCAAGGCAAAGGGUGGCUAUUUGAAGAAUCUCAAAUAUAAAAUAUAUUUUGAUUUGUUUAACACUUUUUUGGUUACGACAUGAUUCCAUAUGUGUUACUUCAUAGUUUUGAUGUCUUCACUAUUAUUCUACAAUGUAAAAAAUUGUAAAAAUAAAGAAAAAUCCUUGAAUAAGUAGGUGUGUCCAAACUUUUGACUGGUACUGUGUAGUGUAUCUCUGUUCAGUCUCUACCUCUUUUUCAAUGCUGAGAAGUAGGUUUAUAUAUCUCUGUCUGUCUCUACCUCUUCCUCCAAAAUCAUGGGCAUUAAUAGGGAGUUGGUCCCCCCUUUGCUGCUAUAACAGCCUCCACUUUUCUGUGAAGGCUUUCCACUAGAUGUUGGAACAUUGCUGUGGGGAUAUAUAUCUCUUUUUUUCUAUAUAUCUCUGUCUGUCUCUACCUCUCCAUCAAUACUGAGAAGUAGGUUUACCUCAUCCGUCCUAAUUCUCUCUCCCUAUCAACACUGCAAAAUAACUUAUUUAUAGUGAAUUACUGUUUUGCUAUUCUAAGGUCUUCGAGGAAGUCACUGGACUACACUAAGCAGUGUCUGAGGAUUAAUAAAGUUAUUCAAUUCAAACAGAUCAUCAAGGAAGUCUCUUGACUACAGUAAGCAGAGUCUGCGUAUCUCCAUCGACCUGGGGAAGAGAGAGGAAGAGUCAGAGACCUGGCUUCAGGUGGGACGCAUCUACUACCUCAUCCACGAAGACGAACUGGCUGACAUGUACCUACAGGUGAGUCCAGAGAGAGAGGGGGUUGAGAGAGAGAGCGGGGGUUGAGAGGGAGAGAGAGAGAGAGAGAGAGAGAGAGAGAGAGAGAGAGAGAGAGAGACUAGCUCUUCCACGAAGAAAAACUAGCUGACAUGUACCACCAUGAGAGAGGGGGAAGAGCAGGCAAAGAGGAGAGUGAAAGAUAGAAGAGGAGAGAAAGAGGGAAGUAGAAUAGUGCCUGCAUAAACAUUAUUAACAUUAUGGACUCUUAUCUACUCCCCAUACCUGACCUAUAAUCACACUGGAUCAUAUCAUCUUCAUAGCAUAUUUUAUCAAAUGAUGUCACAAUCUGUCUCUCUAUAAACCUUGUUUACAACAUCCUGCGUUGCAUGAUCCAAAUGCCAAACAACAAGGUAAGAGUUUAAUGAAUUAUAGGUCCCAUGUUAUAGUGCUGGUACUUUGGCAUUUCCCAAAAUGUAAAUACCAUAUGAGAAGUUCCCUCACAGAAUUGGAUCAAUAAGGUGAUUCAUUAAUUAUGGAUUGAUUCUGAUUGGCUGGCAGGCGGCGGUGAAGACAGCCCUGAGGAUGAAUGACCCUCGCUUCGCCAUGAGUAUCUACGAGGAGGCAGGAGACGUCUUCUUCAAAGGCCACAGGAACAGGCUGGCAUCACUGCCCUUCUACAGGGUAUGGAUGAGGAGAUUUUAUUGAAUUUAAUAUACUUCAUUGAUCACCAGAAGAGGAAAUUAGGUUUUGGAGUGUCGAUCUACUCCGUGAGAUUGCAGAUUGUUAUGACUUAUUGGUAAAAUGUAUUUCAAAGUUACUUUCUGUAUAAUAGUUUCAAUUCAAUUGGAAAUGAGUGACACUUAAGAUUUUAAUUGGACUAGUGUGCCAUUUUACACACAUUUACAAUAGGCUUGUAUUUAUACCCUGGCCUGAGCCUGUUAAAAGCAACACAUUAUGACACCAGUGGUUCUCUGCUCUCUGUUUUAGGACGGCAGUCUCCCGUUUGCUCGGAGCAUCCGUGACGUCGACUCAGAGUUCAGAAUGCUGAGUAAACUGACUGAACUACUGAUGACCCAGGAAGAACACGAAGAGGCUCUACAGUACGCCAUUCUGGCUGUACAGAUCAGUACCAAGACAGGUAAUACAGGAGGCAGGGAGGUAGGGAGAGGGAAGGGGAGAGCCAGAGUUCAAUUUCCACCUUUAUCACCUGGGAUUUGAAGCAGCAACCCUUCUGCUUCCAGAUACUGGUCUAUUAAUUCCCUUCAUGUAGAUAACCAUCCUGCUAUGUUAUUGUCCUCCAGGUGUGGUUGUGAACGAGCGGGCAGCGUACCACCGUCUGGCUACAGUGUACUACAGUCUGGAGCAGUAUGAGAUGACAGAGAACUACUACCUCAAGUCUCUGUCUCUCAGCCCUGCUGUACUGCAGCACCCCCUGGAGGCUAGAUACUACACCAAGCUGUACUGCCGGCUGGGGGACAUGACGCUGCACAAACUGAAGGUAAAGUCUCCUGUAGUUCAGUUGGUGGAGCAUGGCACUUGCAACGCCAGGGUUGUGGGUUCGAUUCCCACAGGGGGCCAGUAUGAAAAAUGUAUGCACUCACUAACUGUAAGUCGCUCUGGAUAAGAGCGUCUGCUAAAUGACUUAAAUGUAAAGGCUCCGGAUCUGCAGGGCAGAAGUACUGUUGAUUUUCUUUACUAUCGGGUAGUUAAUUAAUCUAUAUAGGCUUUCCAGUUUAAUAGCAUUAAAGUAUGUGAGAGAGAAGGAGAGAUGUCAUACUUGAGUAAAAGUGAAGAUACCUUCAUAGAAAAUGACUCAAGUAAAAGUGAAAGUCACCCAGUAAAAUACUACUUGAGUAAAAUUCUAAAAGUAUUUGGUUUUAAAUAUACUUAAGUAUCAAAAGUAAAUAUAAUUUCAAAAAUAUACUUAAGUAUCAAAAGUGAAAGUAAAAGUAUAAAUCAUUUAAAAUUCCUUAUAUUAGGCAAACCAGGCGGCACAAUUUUCUUGUUUUUUUUCAUUUACGGAUAGCCAAGGGCAUCCUCCAACACAUAAUUUACAAAUGAAGCAUUUGUGUUUAGUGAGUCCACCAGAUCAGCAGGGAUGUUCUCUUGAUAAGUGCGUGAAUUGGACAAUUUUCCUGUCCUACUAAGCAUUCUAAAUGUAACGAGUACUUUUGGGUGUCAGGGAAAAUGUAUAGAGUAAAAAGUUCAUACUUUUCUUCAGGAAUGUAGUGAAGUAAAAGUAAAAGUAGUCAAAAAUAUAAAUAGUAAAGUAAAGUAUAGAUACCCCAAAAAUCUACUUAAGUAGUACUUUAAAGUAUUUUUACUUAAGUACUUUACACCACUGAUAGAUAGUAACAAACCCUUUUACACAAACCCUCCUCUCCCCCAUCUUCCCCCCCUCCCUCCUCUCCUCCAUCUACCCCCCACCCUCCCUCUCCCCAGGAUGCCUAUGACUCAGUGUGCUACUUCCAGCUGGCUCUGGCUGCUGCCCUGGAGGACCGUGCCAACCCACAGGCACUGUAUGUGGUCUACAUGAAGCUGGCAGAGAUCCAUGCCAACCACAUGCCAGACCCACUGCUCUGCCAGGCUUACAGGGACAGGGCACAGAGCCUGAGGAGAGAACUCUCUGGGCUGGGAGAGAUGGAGGGGAGGGGAGGAGAGACCGAGACGGAAGAAAGAGGAGGAGAGAUGGAGGGGAGAGGAGGAGAGACAGAAGAGAGAGGAGGAGUAACAUGUGAUACAGACCUGGAGACGAGAAACACAGACAUGGAGGAGACCGAGACAGAGACUGGAUGGAGUGAGUCUACAGGUUCUAUCCCCAAAGAGGCUAUUGACAUGGACAGUGCACGGAGCCUGAGGUUGGAGCCUGCUGGGCUACGGGACAUGGAGGAGAGAGACACAGAGGGUCAACACACAGGACUGGGAGACAUGGAGAGGGGAGACACAGAGGGACACCACACAGGACUGGGAGACAACGAGGAGAGAGACAUAGAGUGUCAACACACAGGACUGGGAGACAUAGAGGAGAGAGACACAGAGGGUCAACACACAGGACUGGGAGACAUGGAGGAGAGAGAGACAGAGGUACACCACACAGGACUGGGAGACAUGGAGAGGGGAGACACAGAGGGACACCACACAGGACUGGGAGACAUGGAGAAGGGAGAGACAGAGGGACACCACACAGGACUGGGAGACAUGGAGAAGGGAGAGACAGAGGGACACCACACAGGACUGGGAGACAUGGAGAGGGGAGAGACAGAGACAGGACACCCAGACACUACAGCGAGACAGCAUCUAGUCACAGAAAAGAGAGAAACAGAGACUGAGACUGGAUGUGGUGACUCUAUUGAUGCAGAAGCUAAUUCCAAAGAUGCUAACUGUAAGGAUAGCAGCCACACCAAUGCAGAUAGCCAUGAAGCAGAUUAUGAUGUGUUUAAAGGAGACAGAGACACCAGUAACUCAAAUCAAGACAAGAUCCUCACAGAGGCUACUCACACAGACCAAGACACUGACAAUUCAGACACAAGCCCUUGUCAAGCAGACGUUGAACACACACAGACUAUACAUGACUAUACAACAACAAGCAGUGUAUUUGUGGACACUACAAUAACAGAGGACACUCACAGUACAGACAGAAUACCUUGUGACCCUAACAACUUUGAGACUACGCCAACAGACACGCAUCAAACAUAG